AACCGUUACAAAACGCAGUAAUGUAAGUUAUCAGACAAAGAAAAUUACAUAGUAUUCACUAAAUGAAAAAAUCACAAAUUUUGCCAUAAAAAAGUAAUAAAAUCAAAUGAAAAUUAUCACAAAAAUUGUUGGCGAUUAAAGUGAGCAAAUUUAAUUGCUAAAAAAUAUGUGAAAAUUGUCUAAAUAUCAAAUAAAAUUUCAAAUAAAAAAUGGAAAAAACAAAGAAAGUGCCAAACCCUUUUUUCCAACACAGUAUGUUAAAGAAUCAUAAAAUAAAUUGGCUAAUAUAAAUGCCAACAACAACAACAACAAAUAAAAGGCUAUUUCCAAAAAUAAUGUCAUUUUAAAUGAAAGAUAAAAUAAAAUCUAAACAAAAAUACUAACAAAAAAUUAAAAAAAAAUGGUUACUACCACAACGAAUAAUAAUAAUCAUUCGAAUAAUAACGAAGAAUUUGAAAUCGAUCAAGAUGAUGGUAUGCAGGAUUUGGGAUUACCGGUAUCCGUGCAGACAUUUCUAUGGCGACAAAUAGCGCCCUUCAUAAGACCCAAAUUGGGUAAACUACAUGAAGCCAGUUGCAUGUUUUGUCAACAUGCACCGGGACACCAUGAAUCUAAAGAAGCCUGCAAGUCAUUUGAAAAAGUUCUAGUCCAAAAUAUACAAUUUGGUUUAUCCCCACCAUUGACUAAGGCCUUGGGUGCCAUACCCAGAUGGCGUUUAUUACAAGCUGCCUUGCCACAUGUCAUGCAUUGUGUGGCGGCCUUAUUGCAUAAUCGUGUGAAAGAUAUGCAGGCCAUAGGUCAGGUUGAAACAAAAUUGCUAUAUACCAUGCAAUGGAUUAUAUUAUAUGCGGCCGAGGAAUGUGCAGAUGAUGAUGGUCAAGAUGAACUUUUGGUUGAUGGCGAAUCAAAGGGAAAAUCAAUGGAUCAGUACUUAUUUUCGGUGCCCACAAUAACGUUAUUUGUUUACUUGUUUGCCCCAAUUAUACACCAUUUGAAAGAAUCGGAUUUUCAAAAUUUCCGCUUAGAAAAUGGUAUAAAAUUGUGGCAAGGAAUGUGGGAUAAUAGAGCACCAGGAGCACCUUGUUUUACAGCUCCAGUUAAGCCUAAAGCCAGAAAUUUAUUAUGUGCUCCUACACCAAAAGGAUCAACAGAUGUAUUUUCGGGACGCAAACAAUCCCUUAGUAUUGAUGCCAUGUCACCAAAAGUUGAUUCACCUCAAAGUGGCAUUUCAGAUCAUACCACCCGUCAAGACGAAGAGAGCUCUUGGGUGUCAUCGCCCAAAGAAUUUGCCUUUCCCGAAACUAUACCCGAAGAAGCUUCCAGUGUUGAAGAUGAGCGUGUUGUUAUUUUUCGUUUACCUUCUGCUUCCCAUUUAUUGGACAAUUCAUUUUUUACUGCCGAUGCCAGUCUUUUGACACAACAACCGCAAAGCCGUCGUGGCAGUCAUCAAUCGAUUCACUCUCGAGAUAAAGAUAAGCCUUCAACGAAAUUUGAAUUUGAACAACAAGAAUUAAUGAGAGGUGCUUCGAUGAAGGAAAAACGCAGCGCUUCAAUGGAAAGAGAAACCGAUUCGAAUAGAUCGGAAAGUGUUAAGGCUGAUGUGUCUGCAGCAACAUUUCUCGAUGUAGCAGUUAUGCGUUGUCUUUUCAUAUCACAUUGGCAGGAAGAGGGUAUUUUUUGGAGUCUACAGUAUAUGUAUAAUAGAUUAAGUGAAAUUGGUGAAGAAUCUUCAAUUACCAUUAAUCAACCACGAAAACGUUCCAAUUCCCUACCUAUACCACAAAUUGAAAUAUCUUUGUAUCAAGGCCCCAACAGCAACAAUCGAGACAGCCCUAGUAGUUCAAUAAACAAAGAUUACAUCGAAAUUCCCGAACCAUCUAUAACGGCUUGUUUAGUCGAAGAAUCCAGUCCUACAGCCGAAAGACGUGGAAGUGAAAAGAAGAAACGUGUUAAGAUGUCCGAUUUGAGGGCAUUUGUUGAAACGAAAAUGUUUUCGAAAUCGGAAAAAAAUUUGGAAAAAGUAGGGCUAGAUACAGUUUCAGCUAAUGGCAAGAGACCACUGCAACAUGCAGAAUUGCAUCGUAGUUUGGAUACUGGCGAAAAGAAAUUAUCACGUUCGGCUUCCAUGAUUACCCGGGAACCAGCCAGUAAUUUAAUAAAAGGCAAAUCUAUGCCUAGUUUAAGCUGUCUACUUGAUAGCGGAUUUUACAGAUAUGUAGAACCACCAAAAGUUAUGAGGUCUUCACAGUCGUCUGGUCAAAGAACAACAUUUUAUCCUAGAAAUCCCAUAAUAACAGUAACGGAACAUACGCCUACACCCUCACCAGAUUAUUUGAAAAGACAGGGUUCUAUUGAUUCGCAAUUGGAUGCCUUAAGCAAUGGUGGCAGUAUUGGCGGUUUAGGUGGUAAUGGUAUUAAUGGCAGUAUGGCUGGUGUAGCCGCUACUUGUAGCAUGGGUUCACGCAUACGUGGUCAAAUGCUGAGAUCCCAUACAGAUUCUCACAUUGAUUAUACCGGAGUCGAUGAAUCGGAGGCUCCCGGUUCCUCUUUUUAUAUAACAAGAGAUGGAGGCAUAGAUUAUGAAAUUAUAUUGUUAGCAGUCUUGAAUGUAUUUAAAAGAGACUUGACAGUUGUUUCUCUGAGAGUUUUAGAAGCUGGUCUAAAUAUUUGUGAGCUCUUGCUGGAAAUGGGUGUUUUAAAAUUGGGUGAACAUGCCCAUGAAAUUUCGAUGGGUAUUAUAAAGAGAGCAUUACAAGUACUAGGAUGUCCAAAUGGCUGCAAUGACGGCGUACGUGGACCACCAGCUGAUUUUUUAAGAAAUCAAUGUCAAAAAAUACUCUCACGUCUUUUACGUCAUGCUAGUCAACGUACAAAACGUUAUUUACAGGAAAUGGUAAAGACCGCUCCCCUACAAGAGCUGGUUGACUUUUUCCAUGCUUUUUGUGCAUUUUGUGUGGAUCCAAGUUCAUUACUUUCACCCCUAACUCAUAAGCGCACGAGUGCCUUUAAAAAUCUUAACUCGGAUCUUGGCAAUGGUGUAUCAUCAUCAGGCGGACAAGGUGGUUACUCGACAAACUUUAGUGGCGGCCUAAGCGGUGGUCCUGAAGCUCAAGUAAUAGCAGCAGUAUUUAAGCCAUUGGUAACACGUUUCGUAAAUGCCUCCAAGGAUCUGAAGACAGUGGAAAAUGUGGCUUUAUAUGGAGAUAUACGGCAGUUAGUUACAUAUGUAAAGGGAGCACAUGGUGGACCGUUUCGUUUGGUGGCUUUAAGUGGAAUUUUGGCAGUAACACCACGACCUCACAAGAAAGGUCCAGCGGCACAGACAACACGUGUGAUUCGACAUAUUCCCCAAGCCGAGGUGGCGCAAAGCAUACAAAACGAUGAUAAUCGCUCCCAAAGACGUUUGCUGUUGAAAAAACGCAGCACUUCAUCGGCUUGUGCAGUGAGUUUACUUGAAACUGAACCUUGUGAUGAGCAUUAUAAAACUAGUCAAUCACCUUUAAGUAAUUUUCGUCGACGUACCACUGGUGUACGUCCCACCUUAACACCUAGACAUAGUGAACGUCAACUGUUAUCAGACUCAACAUCAAGCUCAGAACGCAAUUCAUUGGGACGUUUAAGUGGUUUAGUACGUUGGUUCAAAGGCGCUCCAAAAGAAGGUUCGUCUAUUGACCUAGAAAUUGGUUCCUUAAAUCCGGAAAUGUCCACAACUUUUGUAAGGCAUCCAUCGUUAAAAAUACAAAGAGGAAGAUCUAGUGAUGGUAUAGGUCGUUCGAUACAAAGAGCUAAACGUAGAGUUGAAAGAAGAUUAAAUCGUUUUGGGGGCAUAGUGAAGGGCAAGAAAAAACAGGGUGGCAUAGAAGAAACUGCAGACUACAGUCGUCGCAGUUCAUCCGAUAUGUGUGAUGGACCAAGGGAAUCAGAAGUGGUUGUCCUAAAGGAGAGAAAACUAAUACCCUUGGAACCCGUUAGAUUAGGUAUGUUACGUUUAUCUUUCUUGUUGGAAACCUGUGCACCAGGAACAUUUCCGGAUCCACAAUUAGUGGCAGCUGUUUUAGACUUGCCUCAAGCACCUUUAGUUACUCGUGCAACAUUUUUAUUGGAAUGUGCUCAUUUCGUUCAUUUAUGUAACAAAGGUCAAUGGCCCGCCUGGAUGAAGCAGAAUAUAGCUGGUUAUCGACCAUCAGGUGCCAAUAUAAGUGCUAAUCAAAUCAAACAACAAAUGAGCACGACCAGCACUAGACGUACUCAUAUAUUACAGAGGGCCGCUGGUAAAAUGUUUCACCAGUGGGCUGAAAUGUUAGGUGCUCGCCUAGAAGAAAUUCUUUUCACCGAACGUCUACAAUAUGAGGCUGUUAAUGCCAGUUUAACCGAUCCCGAGAAACAACGAGAACUUUUACAACAAGAUGAAGAAGAGGAUUUCUUAGAUGAAGCCUCUGUUAAUCCCCAUGGCAACGAUUGUCCACACGCUUUGAAAUUAAUAGCUUGUGUAUUACUUUUCGAAAUUACGGCCUUUUUACGCGAUAUUUAUGUGACUCUGCCAAAGGCAUCGAAAUUGUUACAUAAAGAUAAGCCAGCUCCUUGGGAUAAAGUCUAUAGGGAAGCAAAUCGUCGAUGGUCUAUGGCAUUGAGCUCCAUGGGACAUUCGCAAACUUCAGCACAGAGUUUACAAUCCAUUGCUGCGGGAAAUGAUGUAACAGUUGGCCAAACAGAAAGAAAAAUAUCUUUUGUUUUGCACGAACCAGAUAAUGAGUCCGAAAACAGCAGUAAUACUACAUUGACCAAAGAAGGCGAAGAAGCUCGCCGACCUAUUGCCUCUGCUGUGAGACCAUUUUUAUCACGUCGUGGCACCGCCACCACAACCGGUGGAUCGUUUAAGCGCAGAUCAUUGAAACUAAGACGCAACACUAAAGAUGGUAAAGAUAUGGAAGCUGAUUUUAAACGUGUAGAUUCUAUACAAUCAAGACGUAAAGUAUCUUCCUUGUCGGAUCGUAGCGAUACAUCUGAACAAGGUGUUGCUAGUGGUGGCGAAGAAGAUCAUGGCUCGCCGGGUAUACUCAGUGAUGAUCAACAACCUGAAUCUCCAACAGACUCAAACGAAACCGAUGAUACCGCAAAAAAUAUGCCUUGGUUAAAGGCUGUUAUCGAUUUGAUUGGAAGUUAUAAUUACUAUUGCAGUCAUAAGGGUUACUGUCAUCCCUAUUGCUAUAAGAGACAUAUGCGUGCAUGUACACGUUUAGUUAAAGCCACUAGAAAGGUUUAUGGUGAAGAGUUUGGUUUUACUUUCGAUUCGGAUCAUCCUAAUUUGGAACCAACUGUUAUAUCAUCGGCAAAAGUUCAUCAACAACGACCCAGAUCGGCACGUAAGGUUUCCGAACAAAGUUCAACACAAACAUCGCCAUCUAAACGUAAAGAUAGUCUGUCGCGUAAAGAUCGUAUUAGUGACGAUCCUGACUUAGAAAUGGCAGAAAAAUUAGCUAAAGCUUUUCGACAAGAAAAAGAGAAGAAAGAACAAGAAGAACCACCUAUGUUGAAAUUUUUACGUUUCCAUAUACGAAAUCUUUUUCAUUUUCCUUUUGCCACAAUGUUAAAAGGUGCUGUUAUCUUAACAGAAGAAAUGGUUAUAGAGGCAAUGCCGGCAGCAUGGGAAUUAUUGUUAGAACCUAAUCAGGAUACGGCUUCAUCAAGUGCUGCAGUAUUUUUAAUGGGUUCAGUUAAGGCACAAAAUUAUGCCUUUGAUAUUAUGCAAAGAGCUUUAAAAAAUAAAGAUCCGGAUGUGCGAAUUGGAGCUAUACAAAGAUAUUUAAUUUUGUGGAAAAACCGUUUCCAUGUCUGGCCUCGUAUGGAAGAAAAUGCCCAUGAUGUUACUUUCAAAGUACCACCAGGUGGCAUAGAAUUUACAUUGCCUUCUCCGAAAAUAGGCAUAGAAAGUCUACCAGUUGUGGAUCCGCCAUGGAUGCCUGUGCAACAAACAAAAGAUAUGGAUGUUACACUUAAUCAAGAUCGUCACGUAGGUUACAAAGUUACCGCCACCAAAAGUCGUAAAAUGCAACAAACUGAAGCAAUACGUAAUGCCUUGCGUCAGCAGAGAGAUAAACAAAGAGCCGAACGCCACAGUUUCUUAAUUACUACUAUACCGAUUAGUCAACAAGCUUCCCAUGAACCGGGCAUGGAGCAUGAAGAUCAUGAGGGUGAAGAAGAAAUCGACGGUACGCGUAUAUCUUCACAUUUACAUCAUGCCCAUUCUUUGUUUCCAUCGGUAUUGUGUUCUUCCGUUAUGCAAAUUGUUGGCUGUCUGGACGAUGCUGCUAUUGGCACCGAUGGCAAUGCAGUAUAUGAAGUUGCCUACCAAGUAAUAUGGGUUUGUCUGGUAGAGGAAUCGGCUUUAUUUUUACGUUAUGUUUUUGAGAGACUAACCAGAGAUCGUCAAGAUCAAAUGUUUAAACUAUUAAGACAUCUUAUUCGUUUUGUGCCCAGAUUACCGCAACAAGCUGCAUUUGCUUUAUAUAACUCUAUUAUUGGUUAUAUAAUGUUCUAUGUAAGAUCUUCCAAUGAUUUGAAGCAGGAACUUGUUGGUUCGGCUUUGUCCGUAUUGUGGAUGGUUGUUCAUAGUGUGCAUGGCAUAAUGUUCAAGGACUUGAAGCAAAUUUUACGUAAAGAACAAUGUGAUGCCUCAAUUUUAUUAACUGCUAAUGUCCCAGCAGCUAAGAAAAUUGUUGUACAUGGGCCAACUGAUGACGAUUGUAAUAUACCAUCUCAAUUUCCUGUUCAAGAGGAUACUUUAUUCUGUCAACUACUAAAGGAGGCCUUAGAUUAUUAUCCAGUGGAUGAAAAGAAUAUAAAUAAUUAUUGUUUGGUGGAUUACAAAAGCAACAAAAUUUUAAAUCCCAAUUGGUAUAUACGGGAUUUAUAUUUCUUUAAAAGAUCACAAUAUCCCGAAGUACGUUUAGUACUACUGAAACCCGACGAAUCUUUUUUGGCAUUACAAAAACAAGAGUUAACAAAAAAAUUUGUAGAGAUUGGAAAAGUCCACUUAACUUGGGCUAUUUUAAAAAAUGUCGAUAUGGUAGUGCAAAGAGUAGUAUUUUUGCAUGAGGAACUUAUGAAGUUGCCUUCAUUUCCUCGAAAAGCUCUUGAAGUUGAUUUGGAUUUACAUCAAGGAGGAGAAUAUGGAAAAGUACUACUGGGAUUGGAUGUGUUACAUAAAUUUAUGUGGGUUCGUUUGAUAGCUCGCAUGUUUGAGGCAAUGGCCGGCAACUUUGCUUACUCAGCUGAUAUACAACUGUUUUUAAAUGUUUUGUCUGGGGCAGCGUUCCUACACGCAGAAGAUUCAUGCAUCAUGCGUUAUGUAAUGGCAACUUAUAUUAACGCCGCCUUUAAUUUUAAAAAUAUAUUCUCCACUAACGGUUACUUCAUGAUUAUGCCCACAUUGUUGCAAAUAUAUUCGUUGCAUCAAACUAACAAGUUGAUUACUACAACAAUAGAAUAUGCAGUUAAACAAUUUUACUUGCUGAACCGCAAGCCUUUUAUUUUACAAAUGUUUGGUUCCGUAUCGGCCAUAUUGGAUACAGAUGAAGAUGGUACUUAUGGUGAAGCUCAUAAGGUACAAUCCAGUUGCUUAUUUAAUCUUUUAUUAAGUUUAGAGGAUCCAUCUCCGGAUCCUUUGAAUAUUGCCGAAUUGGUAAAAGAACCUAAACCUUUGAAAGCAAUCGAUUUUUGUUAUCACGAUGAAGAUGGCGAUGUUACAGUAUUGGAUUGUAUAACUCUUUGUGUAAUGGUUGUAUCCUAUUCUGCAGAAAGUACUAGGGGUUAUCAAAUGUUGAUUAUCCUAGAGGCAAUAUUACCUUGCUAUCUUCAACAAAUACAAUCCCCCAGCUAUAUUCCUCUACAAGGGAAAUCCGAACGUGAUAUUAUCUUGCAAUUAGCUGUGGCCAUACGUACUAUGGUUCAUAAUUGCGAGGGUUUAGCUAAGAGCUAUAACGGUCCCUAUCGUAAUAGCCCUGAACAUAAAGGUUCCUCACAACGAAACUGCAGUCGUGGGCCUCCUUGUUCACCAGGACUUGAUUUCGAAGAGGAAUCUCAUUCAAAAUAUAUAACUGACCCACGCACCAAAAAUGUUAUGGAUUCAGGAGAAGAUUCAGAAAUGAUACGAACAGAAUAUCGUAGACCCAGAGAUGUUUUGCUUUCAGUGGUGGGAGAUUUUUUAAGUAAAUCAACGACACGUUUGCAGGAACUCUCCAAGAAAUUGCCGAAAGAUGAAAGCAAAGCAACUGAAGUUUUAGAUGCCAAAUGUCAUAUUAGAUUGGCCGAUAUAGCACAUUCCCUACUCAAAGUUUCCCCUUAUGAUCCAGAAUCCAUGGCCUGUCGUGGCCUACAAAGAUAUAUGCAAGCAGUUUUACCCCGGGCCGAAUGGUCCAACGAUACUUUACGUAAUGCCCUAGUUACCAUUCUAAGAAGAAUCGAUAAAGUUUUCCUUAAAAUAUCCAAGAAGCCUUCUAUACGUCGUAAUACCGAUUGGGAAGCUGCCGCUGGGUUAUUGAAAGGUAUUCAUGAAACCAUUGUAAGGCACCCCUAUGUUUUGCAUUGGCAACAAAUGAAGACCUUGAUUGGUACUGUGCAAAAUCUUAUUGUUAAUGAACCGGGUUCCUCAGCCCCUGAGGGUGUAUCAAGUGCAGGUGCAGCUCUUAUGUCUCAGAAUCCGCCGGCCUUCUUCUGCUCCACAGUAGUGCGUUUGGUAGCAUUACAAGUUGUCAGUCCAGUAGAUUGUUUUUCUUUAGUUCAAAUUUGUGGCGGUAGUGCAGAGUUUGCCACCCAGGAGAAGGCCGAAGGAUAUCUAAUGCAUUUGAUAAUGCCCUUGUGCUUGAAAGUGUGUUCGGGACGUGGUGUUUCCGAUGUGGGGGAAUUAAAAAUGACCGAUGUAAGUUAUUUACUUACUGCAGUACUUAAUGCAAUGAGUCCACCAGCCGGCAGAACCGGACAAGCUGUUUCCCAAAUAAAUCGAGUUGGUGGUGACCUGAGAACUGGUUCUUUAACUUUUACCGGUAGUAGGGAUGCUAAAAGACCUGCCAGAAUUGCUGGUUCUUUGUAUCAAGCGGCAUUCCUAGCUUUAAGAAUUGUUUGUAUAUGUUUUGAGAAUCGUUUAUCUACUGAAUGGCCAAGGAUUGUAAGAGUUAUGAGAGAUUUAGGCCGACGAAACGAAGCAGCACCCGAUUUAUGGAGUUUUCUAGAGUUUGUGGUAACACACCGAACUCCUUUGUAUAUAGUGUUGAUGCCAUUUAUUUUGCACAAGAUUUCGCAACCCCCAAUUGGUGACCAUGAAAGACACAUGCAAUUUAUUAUUAGGGAGCGAUUGAGAGGUACGCCACCACAAGGAGGUAUUAAGUCUAAAGGGGCAUUAUUGCUAGAAUUAGCUAGAGAACUUAAGGACUUACGGGAUGAACUUGAAGAAAAGCGUUAUGAUCGUGAAAGUUCUGACAUGAAGAAGAGUGAUACACCAGCUGCAGCAAGUGGAACAGAUGGUCAUAACAAAUCCCAACAAAGACCUUCAUUAAUUUCAAUAUUUACAGGAACCACCACGGGUCAAGCAACACACUCACAUAUUUCAGCGGUACCUAUUGAUUCGAGAAGCGGUUCCGGUGGCAUUUGUACACCAAGUGACACACUCUCCCAACAAACUCUACACCCACCUAGAGAAUCUUUAUCUAGCAGCUCCACAGGGCGUGAUCAUCAUACAACAAGUGAAAGUCAGAGUGGUGAACACGCUGCUGGAUCAGCACCAACAUUAAUGGGGGCGUCAGGAUCAGGUGGUGUGGUAUCAAGUCAAGGAACAAGUUCAGCUACAAUUGCUACUGCUUUACCCUCAGGGAUUACAUCACAACUUUCGCAUUCACAAAGUUUACAGCAGGCACCAUUUAAGGCUCAACCCCCCAAAUUACGCUUUGUGUCCUCAGUGGAAUUUAGACACUCUUCUGGAGAGACUUCAACCACACCGCUCUCUCCGGAAAGUCCAGCUGAAGAUAGUUCUGGUGACCAUACAAGAUCUCGUUUGCAAAGAUCAAAGGCAGCCAGCAGAAAAACAUUCCGUUUGAGGCGAAAUCUAAGAUCCAUGGAGCCACCCAGUAUAGUAACUGCUUUGCCACAGGAAGAACAUCCUAAGCCUAUAGGUGAAAUAUCCUGGGAUUCAGUUUCACAAACCUCUUCGACAUCGGGCUACCGUGAUACCAACAGCUUGCAGACAGGACUACUAUCGCCUGACGGAUCCCUUGGAGGAAUGACAUUGGGACGCUCACCUUCACAACAUUCCUUAUUAAUGGUUUAUGAGGGACAAGAUGAAGACACGCUUAUAUAACAAUCACAGUUUAACCCCGAAAACUAGUGACAUUAAGUAGCAAUUUCUAUGCACAGUUAUUGAGAACG